AUGCUCCUCUCAUCACAAGAUCACAUGGUCCAUGCAACAACAAGUGAAUGCAGACAACCCGGAGGCAAUGUCAAUCAAAAGAAGAAACGUGGAACGGUUCUUGUCUCCAUGGCCAUCGAAUCACUCCACGAUGAAGUCGAAUCUCAACUUCUCUCACAUGUUUUCGAAUUACAAGAACAAGCUCUCACACAAGGCCGAACUCUUGACGAUGAAGAUCUCGAAUUUACAAAUCAUCUCGAAGAAGAGCUCAUGAAUUCGAGUGAACAAGUUGCAAAAGUUCUAUUCGGACGUCGUUUCAGAAGAUUGGGUCGAAGAUUGAGACGAAUGGGACGUCGUCUGAGAAGAGUCGUUCGACGUGUGAGCCGUGUUGUGAGAAGAGUUGUUGCUCGUGUUGCUCGUGGCGUUGGACGAGUGGGUCAUCUUCGAAGACUUGGUCGAAGAUUUGGUAGAAGAUUUGGUCGAAGAUUUGGUCGAAGACUUGGACGUCGAUUAAGACGAUUGGGAAGACGAUUGGGUCGAAGACUGAGACGAAUUGGACGUAGAAUUGGUCGUAGAAUUGGUCGAGGAUUGAGACGUUUGGGAAGAAGACUUGGAAGAGGAUUGAGACGAUUGGGAAGAGCGUUGGCAAGAGCUGCCAAAGCUGUCAUUAAGGUCUUGAAAAAAGUCCUCAAAGAAGUCACAAAAGUGUUCUCUCCCAAAGCUAAAAAAAUUAUUGCCACCUCUGUCCGUUCAUUCAACGGUGCUACAGGACCUACCAAUGCAGCCAAAGAAAAUAGAACUCCUUUCACUUCACAUUCGGCGGAACAAUGUGUGGCUUGUCGUGUCGAUUGUAUGAAACAUUAUCAUGUCGCAGGUGGAUCUUUAUUUUCUAAAUGCAACAAGCGAUUCAAUUAUUAUGGAUGUCAAUCGGUAGCUCCAUGUCUUCAUCCUUCCACAGCUACGGAUUCUGAAAUUGAGGGAAUGAUUGGUGUUUGUGUCGUGAGAAAUGCAUGUCAAUUGAAUCGAGCAGUGUGGGGAGAUAUUAUUUGGGGACAAGAGAAGGUCAUACUUCAACGAGUGAUUGGAAAAGUGCGUGCUUCGAGUAUUUCACCUGAAUAA